GGAACAAACAUGCAGGAGCAGGGCGAGCCGAUGUCUGUUAACCAGCUGAUCGGCCUCCCAGACGGAGAGGGGAGGGGAGGGGAGAGUGACUACUGAUGCUCCAGCAAACUGCGCCGUGUGACUCAGUGCUGUGGCGAGCAAAGCACAAGAACAACAACAGAAGCAGCAGCGGCACGGCGUGGGACACGUUUGCCUCUCAUCGGCUGGAUGGAAAAGCCGAGCGGUUAAGCAAGAGGAGGAAGUGAGCAAGCCGGCCAGCAAGCGAGAGGGAGAGAAGCUGACGAUAGGUGGGAGGGAGGAAAGAACACAGUGUCUCCUUUUUGAAGUAGAAAGGACGGAUAAAGACUACAACAUACUGCAGGGAUGUCCUGGUUGUCUCCGGUCCAGUGGGCCAAAUGGACAUGGUCCGCAGUGACUGGGGCUGCUGAGGACGAGGGGCAGCCCAGACCCAGGGAUGACGGAGAGGACAAUUCGGACUCAGAAGGGACUUUCGGGACUCCCGAGGCAGAGUCUCCAGGUGUCUUGAUGCUACUGAGCCAACUAGACAACUCCCACCAUACAGUUCUUCCUGAUGUUACAAACCACUUUCUGGACAAGAACUCCAACCAGGACAUCGGCCCAGUUUCAUCCAAAGAUGUAGAUUCCCUGAACAACCUCACUGGCCCUUCACCCGGCGACUGCAACUUUGGUUUGGACCAGAACCUCAACCUGAGCCUCAGCAGCAGUCCGUGUCCCGGAGGCGGCCUUUCGCCAUCCAGCCUGGUGCCCCAGCCUCAGGCCCUGCGGCCCCCAUCGCUGGCCUUCCUUUCCCCGCGAAACAAACCAGAUCCUUCCGAGGUGGACGAUCAGGCUCCGGUGACAUCUGACUGCAGCUCGGACCUUUGUGUGGAUCCCGACUUGCUUAAUGGCAACAUGAACUCCAACACACAAAAUACAAAACCAACCUGUGAGACCAACGGCACAAUUAUCUCAAACUCGUGUAAAGUGACGCAGACCCAGCUGAUGCAAAAGGACUUAAGCGGACAGGAUGACCAUCAUGGAGACCACGCCACUGACGAGGAGAAACUGGCCAGCAGUGGCAAACCAGACCAGGACCAAAGCAACUGCCAUGUGACAUCAAAACCUGGGGACACAGACUGCUGCUCAUUGCAAUUUGAAGACCCAAUGAAACUGAACAAGAACACGCCAGAGGGAAGUGAAAUGCAGAAGUCAGGGAGUCAGGUCUUGGAUUCCAUCUGCAUCAGUGAGGCAGAAAAACAGGCUGUUCUCACACUAAUUAGACAAGAGAUCAUCACUAAAGAGGCAGUGGCCAGCGACUGGAAGAAAAAGUACGAGGACAGCAGACAAGAAGUCAGUGAGAUGAGGAAGAUUGUUGCAGAAUAUGAGAAGACAAUCGCUCAGAUGAUCGAUGACGAGAAACGAAACAGCCAGAGUUCCCAGAAGGCUUUGCACAUUAUGUUGAAGGAGAAGGAAGCCGCCCUGGCAGACCUGAACUCCGUAGAACGCUCUCUCUCUGACGUGUUUCGACGCUAUGAAAAUAUGAAGAGCACCCUGGAGGGCUUUAAGAAAAAUGAGGAGGUGCUGAAGAAGUGUGCUCAGGAGUAUCUCGCUCGAGUCAAGCAGGAGGAGCAGAGAUACCAGACACUUAAACUCCAUGCUGAGGAGAAACUAGACAAGGCCAAUGAGGACAUUGCUCAGGUACGGGCAAAGGCGAGCUCAGAGAACAUGGCGGUGGUCGCCAGUUUGAGAAAGGAACAAAUGAAGAACGAGUCUCUGGAACAAGCGCUGCAGCAGAAGAAUCAAGAGAUGGAGGAACUCACUAAGAUCUGCGAUGAGCUGAUUGCCAAAAUGGGCCGAUUAGACUAAGAGACGCUGCCUGUGAUCAGCAUCUAGUGGCCCUCCGGUCCCGGCGAGCAGCGACGCUGUGUGCACGCCCCCAGCCAUUCGCCAGCCCUGCAUCCAGAGUCCAGAGACUGCUUAAAACUGAUGUCUAAAGUAACUUCAUGUAUACUUCAAUUGCACUACUUGUGACCUGAAUCAAUAAGGUUCUCUACAUGCUAAUAUCUGUUCUAGUUGGGACUCUGUUAUAUGUAAGUGGUCGCGUUGUUUUGUUUGCAUUAUUGCCCACUUUAAGGCCAUCUGCACCUCCGCCCGUCAUGCCAGUGAGCCACUAAACCUCUUGUGACUAAACUUAGCUAACAGAUGAAUUUCCAGCAACAUGACAUCAUGUAGGCGGGGGUUGUUUAAGAGUUACAAUUGGGCAUGCAGUAUAUUUUGCUUUGACAAAGAUUGCUUUAUAGAAAAGCAACGACAGAUGAAAUAUAUUUAUAUGUAAGUAAGCAAGGAUUUUACACUGAAAGAGCAGGGCUCAGGGGUAUUGUGUGAAGCUGAAACGAGGUCAGGGUCAAAGUCAGGCUGCACAAGAACUGUAGGAAAGGAUUAAAGAUUAUUUGAGGAAAUAUAGUAGAGCUCAGAGGCCUUGGUUUUUUCAGGAUCAACACUAAAACCACACUGAGUUUUGACCACAUGUUGGUAAAACUAAAGCAAAUAAUUGAAAGCAUUUGCUUUACGUGGACAACAUUGUAGACAAUUCAAACAGCUGUGGUACUGAACCCAGACAAUCAAAGACUUUAAUGUAAUUAUAUAAACUUGGUGGCAUUGUUUUGUUGCUGAAAAGAAAACAGGGAAAAUAUAAUCUACUCCACUAUCAAUGUAUGGAAACUGUCAUUUGUUAUGGAUCCUGAACAACUGGAAAACCUUUGAGCAUAAGGACUACAUUUUGGUUGAACAUAUUUUAAGCUAUUAUAAGGAAAGCCAACACUGCAAUACAUUAACAAUUACUGUAUUUAUUUUUUCAAAUUAUCACUGUGUCACAGAUUAAGUGUCCACUAAUCACAUUUACCUCCAAACAAGUAGAAAACUACGUGUUUAACGGCUCUAGAAGAGGUUUCUGUCAGUGUAAUGAAAAUGUGACCUGAUAUCCAGAUUUGUUGCCAUCUUGUUGAUCAAUUAGUGAAACAAACCCGAUGAUGUGCUACAGUUUAAAUUAGUGUCAUUCAAACCUUGUUUCUCAGCUGUUCUGUCUGUGCUUUACAAAAUAUUGUUUGUCACUUAAGCCCCUUUCUUUAAAUAUUGCUUGUGUAUUAAAAAUGAAUCUCACUCUUGUGUUGACACUUUAAGGACUACCAGCACGAGUGUGUGUACAUUUCCCUGAAUAAACAUGAAUAUAAUUUGUUCUACUAAA